AUGUCUCAACUUCAAGAUCUCACCCGAUGCUUGCUCGCUGCCGGCUACGCCGCGCAUCCUGACGGACAAAGCACGUAUCUGCUCUCCACCAAGGACGGUGUCCUCGUAUCCAAGCUCUGGACAGGCAACUCCUUCGGGGAGGAAGAGAUCAUUGCCACGUCUGUUCGUCCAGACUCAUCUGCCGCCAUUCUCGCCGACGCCGACGAUCGCAUCAUCAUCAGCAUCACAGCCGCCUCCACCUUAGCAGCAUUCCAGUACGACGAGGACGAGGAGGAGUGGAUACAGGACCGCGCGCUUUCUGUGUACAACGUCCACGGGAAGGGUAGACUGUCCGCAUGCUACACCGCCGACCAUCGUAUCUGCAUCGUCUUCCAGAACGAAAGCGGCGCCCUCGUGCGCAUCGAGGAGACGGAGGUCGAUUCGGACGGAAGUCUGGACGAAGGCGCAGGAUGGACAGCUACGGUACUGAAGAAGGCGUCCGAUCCGCUUCUGGGAACGCCCAUCUCGACCGUUCUCGACGAUAACGGCCUACACGUCUUCUACUUCUCCGCAGCGGACCAGCGCGUCCAUCAGCUCCACGGAGGUGAAACCUGGGCCGACGAGGAGAUGUUCGAUCAGGCAUUGGGCCCGCUGCAAGGGCUCGUUGUGUCAACGAACAGGGAGAAGGGAAGUUUCGAGGCUUACGUCCUCACUGCAGACAAGGCUGUUCUGCAGGCCGAGGAUGGAGGGGACAAACGGGAGUUGGGUAAGGUUGACGGCAAUGGGAAGUUGGUGCCGAGUACCACAGCAGAGUGCUUCUUCUCUUUGUUUGGUUUCUUCGCGAUUUCGGUUAGCGUCACCUCAUGCAGGAGGCGAAAGAGGAUAUGCUGGUACUGA